AUGACUUCGAGUUUUCGAGAUGAAGAUUACAUCAAAUUUCUACAAGAUCAAGGUACAUUUAUACACUUUUUCAUUUAUAACAUUCUUAAGAAAUCGAUGUAUUUUUUGUAUAAGUAAGUGAGAAAGUAGGAAUGAUGUAUGUUCAAAACAGUAGGAGUAUUUGUAUUAACACCUGUUGAUAGUUUAUAAUAACAGGCCAAGAUAAAAGGAAGUGUUUUAUAAACAGUUUACAUUAUAAACACGCCUACUCAGAAAUUCAUGACAAACGUUAAUCACUUGGAGUUGAUACAAUGUUUACUCGAAGUUGAAUCGCACUGAUCAGGGUGAACAGUUGAUAAAACGUGUGAGUUUGUCGCCUAUAAAUUAAUAUUGGACGGUGUUUAUUUUAUCAAGCUUUGUUUCUUUUUCACUAUAAAAAAAUGUGGACAAUCUGGUUUCUUUUCUUUGCAGUUAGGAGACUAAAUACCGUCCUCGAGGAAUAUCAAAAGAAAUACUUACCAGUCAAAGAACCGGAAGUUAAGGUACAAUAACACUGCAAUAAAAAUAGUUAACUUAAUAGUUAAAAAAUUAUUCUAAAUUUCUGCCGUGAUUGACUGAUUUUUCUAAGUGUUUUUGUUCUGAUUUUGCCAAGCAAAGAAUUUUGUUAGCUAAAAUGGAUGUUGGUAAGAGCUGGCUUAGCAUGUUGUGGACUCCAAAAAAGUGAUGUUCACCUCAUUAUUAUGAAUACUGUUGAGAAAAUUGUUUUCACAAGGACCCUACUUAUCUGAGAGCCUGACUAGCUGCUGGCCAAUUUCACUAGCUAGAAAAGGGCGUAACAUUACACUGACUGAAAUUUCUCCGGAAGACAAAGAAGUGAGGUAGUUUUCCAGGUUGAAGAUGCAAUUGAGUUACAAAGCUGCCUUGGGUAGUAAAUUAUCAAUAAAAUUAUCAAUUUAUUGCAUUGAAAAAAUUAUGGUAUAUUGUUAGAAAGUCUGUGUUUUAGAACAAACAAGACUAGAGGAUUGAUCAUUUAUGGUAGCGUCCUAUGGAACAACCCUCCUUUGCCAUUAAGGCAAGCUAAAAGCAUUGAUUCUUCUAAGCGUUUAGCGGUGAGACUCAUUUAUUUUCUAAGGCAUUUUGUUAAGAUUUUGGGUAAAGUUUUGGAACAUAUGUAUAUAUAUUUUACAUGUACUCUUUGAAAUAUUUUUAUAUCUUUAUCCUUAAAGACUAGUUAAUAGUUUUAAUAACUUAUUAAUUUUUGUGAGUUUUUAAACUGUAAUGUGCUUUUGAUUAUUUAUAUAGUAAAGGCCGUCUAUAAAAUAAAUGCUGUGGUUUUAAAAGGCCCCACUCCCCCUUCCUCAAUGGAUGGCUGAGGUCCAUCUGCUAAGUACAAACAACAGGUUGUAGUUACUAGCCUACCCAUUUUUGGGUACAGGUAUGGAGUGAGUCAUGAGAAGAUGCCUAAAAAUUUCAAUGUCAUGUACAUCUAGUGAUUAAGCUAUGUAUAGGUUGUAAGAGAUGAAAGUAUUGAAUGAUGGCAAAACUGUUCAUAUUGAAAGAUGACAGAGAGAUGAGAGAGGCACAAAAAGCCUCUCCCAAAGCCAGAAUGAUGAAAGAAUUUCAUUGUAAUUUUUUUUUUUUUUAACAACUGGAAAAUAAUAUUGGAGUUUCCAAUGUUCCACUUUAGCUCUGGAAGCUAGUAAAACAUGUCACUUGUAAAUAUGAUUCUUGAUUUUUUGUAGUAUUAGUUUAAAGUCAAUGCCCUUGUAAACAUUGGAUAAUGCAAUUAUUAAUUUGGUCAUUUGGUCAUUAGGAGCAUUAUCUAAUUAAUUUCUUUUUUUUCAUGAGCUUGACUGUUGUUUUUGGUGUCUUGUGAAUUUGUGGGUUGAUGCUAAAUGCGCUGAACUCCGCAAAACAAUGCUGUAUGCUAUAAUUUUACUUUCAACUCAGUGGUUUUAUUGAUUAAACUUCCACAGGCUGAUGACCCUCUUCCACCAUGGAUCACAAACUCCAGGUAAUGUUGUAUAUAACAACCCUGUAUAUAGAGGUCACCCUGUAUAUUACAGUCACCGGACAACUUCCCAAAAUUUUCAGUGGCCUUAAAUUUUCUGCAAAGUUGGCCUGACAUGUAUAAGUUGUCACCCUGUAUAAUAACAGUCACCUUGCCAUUUCCCAAGGGUAACUGUUGUACACUGGUUUGACUGUACAUUGUACAUGUUAUUACACAAUGUAAGCAGACCAAUAUUAUUUUAGAUUGGUGCACUCUGGCCUCAGUAAAACCGGGAUAAAGGUUUAUCAUAUACAUCAAAUACACUGUUUACAGGCAGCCAUUAUGACACCUGAACAGUGCUCGACUUUCAGAAAAAAAUCUUGGGGCCAGCUGCCCCCCAAGGUUACAUUUUUUGUCGCCAGAACAAGUAUUCUGGUUGCCAAAAAUUAUGUUUAAGAUUUAAUGGAAUUAGUUUUGUGAAGGAUAACGGAUUAUCAUUAGUGUACAUUUUCCCAAAGAAGAGAGUUGCCUAUAUUGGGGCAAGGUUGGCGACCAGGCAUGAAAAUUUGGUCACCACUGAGUAAAAGCUGGUUGCAUUGGCAACCCCACAGGUCGCAACGUCGAGCCCUGCUGAAGGAGGAUCAUGAGAUUACACCUAUAUUAAGAUCUCUCCUUACAGAUACACUACCGGUAUGUAACCCACCAGGCCAGGAAAGGUUGCAGCCACACCACCGGGAUGUACGUCCCCUACUCUUUUUGAACUUUGGUGUGGGUUCUUUUACAUCCCAGAAGAACCAGAACCAUCUUUAUCCGAGACGACUACAAGGUCUAUAAAGAGUUUGCAGAUGUCGCUACAAAGGCAGCACUUUUUUCCCAGUUAUUUAAACAUCCUGAGUGUUGGUCUAGCCAGGGUUGGAACCCAUGACCUCCUUCUCAGCAGACCGGCGCUCUCCCAGCCGAGUCAACAAGAUGGCAACACAUCUGCAGCUCAGGCUAUAGUAAAGCUAUGUGCAAACAGGUGCAACAACUCCCAACAUUGUUGGUCCAGCAAUUUUGGAAGUUGUUGUGUCCUUUUGCACAAAGCUUAAAAUUUGACCGGUUGCAAACUUUGCACAACAACUCCCAACAACAUACAACAGCAUGCAACAGGACGUGCAAACGGAGUUGUUGGCCAACAAUGUUGCGUCUCUUUGCAUGGGGCAAUGGUUAUCACUGACAAGUUAGUUUUGACCUCCUCUGCAACGUUGCCAAAUCUUGGUUAACCAGAUUUGCUAUAAGAGUACUAAUCAGCAGAGUAAUAAUAAAUAUUUUAUUACUCAUACUGGUUUGCCACUGAUGAACCUCUCCUUACUCAUAUGGCUAGAGUAAUAACAUUAAUAAUAUUAAAAUAAUAGUGAGUGACAGUAAUAGUUUGAUUUUGCCACUUUAACAUUACCACUUUCACCACUUGAUAAUUUAGUCUGACAGUAUGAAGACUGUUUUUUCCCUCUUUCUUCUUUCCCCAGCAUUUUGUCUCCUCUUCUGGCAGAGUAUGACAGCAGCAUUAAAUCCUCUCAAGAACAAGUUUUUUUCUUGAAGGUAUGAAAUCUUCAUGGUCAUUAUGAGGACAGGUACUGCCGUAAUACUCUACAAUACUUUUCAUGCAUGCAGUGUAAAUGAGGCAAGCGACUAGCCAAGGUAUAAAAAAGGGUAAGAUGCCACAGGCAAUGUUCUCCUGUAGAAGCUGUAUCUUUGUAUCAUCUUAUGUGGGGUGCUCUUGUUGUACUCCCGGGGGGGGGGGCACUUUAGGAAAUUCUGGGUGGGGAUGUGCCGCUGGGACCCUGGAACCCUAGACCUAUACCAGAGCUAGUUCAGCUGAAUUUUGCUACCCUAUACUAGAGUAAACUCCCAAAAUCCCCCUAUCCUAGAGUAGCUGUUUCCCCAGUCUAGAUAAAAUCUUCAACCAACUGAUCAGUUUCCUGAAAAAUGAUACCCUAUUCUAGACCCAAAUGCCCUGAUUUAUAUACCCUACCCUAGAGUAAACUGCUUGAAAACCAUACCCUUCACAGCGGCACAUACCCAUAUAGCCCAUAUAUGGCAGUACCCCCCCCCGGGGUUGUACUGUAGCUGUGAUUUUCCCCCUUCCCAUCUCACCCUGGUUUCAAUUCCCUCUACUGGUUUUCCAGUGUGACUGUACCUGGUCAUUGCUUCCCUCAGAAUAGUCAUCAGUGCAUCACUAAUUAAAAGAUUUCAAGUUCCCAAGUACAUACAACAAGUAGGUAGGGAAUCAAACAGCUAGGGAUUUCUUUUGGUUCUAUUUUCUUUCUAUCUUUAAAAAGUAGCCUGGAAUCAUACUCCGCCACUCAUCAAGUAGCAGAGAGAAAUCUCCACCCUCCCCCCUAGGCCUUGACAGCCCUGAGUCAUGACUAGUCCCUCUUCACUCAGUGUCUACUUCAUGUUCCUGGCUUCACCAGUGGCGGAUCCAGGAGAAGGGCCCGAGGGGCCCAGCCCACCCAUAUUUUUAGACCAAACUGGGGCGUGAAGGGCUGAAAAAAUUUUGUUUGAGACCAGUUCCUCCCCUCUUAUCACAGAGUCUGGAUGACCGUGCCCCUCCCCCCUUAUCUGAAGGUCUGGAUCUGCCACUGCAUUAGUUUCCAGGGCUAUAGUCUAUGUACUGUUGCUGUAUUGUCUUUUGGAUCAAUGAAAUAUGUGGCAGGUGUUUUUAAUUCAAGAUACCUUGGAGAGAUCUGACUCUGCAGUCUUCAUUUCUAGGUGAACUGUAUUUUAAAAGGGUUUGUAUAUAAUUGAUUGGUGAACUUUUGGAUUUUAGGAAGAACUGUCUUCUUUGAAGCAAAAGACAGACCAUGUUGUGCAAGAAAACACAAGGUAAGUUGUCUUCUUUCCGUGGCUUCAAAUGACAGCGAGAGGAAGAGGGGGAGGGGAGGGGGGCUGAUAGCAUUCUACAAAGCCUGCACUUGUCCGGAAAUUCCCUCUAAAGAAAAAGAGAAGAGGAGAAACCUCCAGACCCCCACCCCCAAGGUUAAUUUGAAAUCACAGUAAAAGUCACACGGAAAGUUGCCUUAGUCUAGAAAUAAUCAUUACUGUCUCCCAUCACUUGCUACAGUGUACAUAUAAGUAUAAACCCAGUAGCCUUUUUUAAGGAAAGGAUUUUCACAUAAAGUUGGUGUAAAAGUGUCUUAAAAGUGACACCAGUCCAAUAUUGAUUUGUUGUGUCGGGAGGCCUGCCUUUUUGGGAGCCGUCAGCCCCUAUCCUAUACACUGCCUAUCACCCUUAGUUAAUUUCUAUUCCCCUUAUUGUAGGCUUCAUGAGGAACUUAGAAGAAGCAUAGAAGCACAAAUGGACAUAGUGAGGCAAGGAGAAGGCAGCGGCGUAGAAAAGGAAGUGGUGGAAAACAUGCGCCACCAGCUUCAUCUGCUGUCACAGGUACAUGUAGUAUCAUUGAAUCUAGUCAUGAUUACAAAAAGGUAGUCUUGAAAGAGAAAGAAGUUUGAAAAUGAUUCUAAAACCUGUGCUAUGGACUACACUACUCAGAGAUUGCAACAUACUUUUGGUGACAACAUGAAAGUGCACAUACGUGUAUAGGAUAUGUGUUAUCAUAAAUUUGAGAUUGCUUGCAAUGAAUUAAGAUGGAAUCCACCAGGAAAUUGACUAAUUUUGAUUCUCAGUGGACAAAAAUCUUGUACCAGAAUAAUUUAAAGCAAUUUGCAUUCUUUCUUACAUUUUUUAAGGGCUAAAGAUGUAAUAAAUCAUCUGUAGUAACACCUAAAAGAUAUUACUUACAUGUAUGGGAGCCCGUGGCUAGAAAAUGAAUGUCAAAUUUCACAAAAUUACAUUGCACAUGAAAUUUUUACUUGUAUAAUCACAAUUCUUGUGAAAUCGGACAUUUAUUUUCUCGGACUUCCAUGAGAAAUUUUCUUUGGUGUUACUACAGAUGAUUUAUUACAUCCUUAGCCCUUGAAUAAUGAAAAAAGAAUGCAAUAUUCUUUAAAUUAUUCUGGUACAAGGUUUUUGUCCACUGAAAAUUAAAAUUACUCAGUUUCCUGGUGGAUUCCGUCUUAAGCGACAGUCUCUCCCAGUUGUAAAUGCAUGUAUUCGGACCGCUUCUACAUGUAGAAAGAGAUCUGUGGCUCAAUUCUUGUAAGCGACCACCUCCCAUAAGCAACUUCCACUAAAUAUUUACAUUUGGGGUGGUCGCUUACAGGAGGUUGGACUGCAAGGGGUUGCGUAGAGUACUGUGCAUGUAUGACUGACAGUAAGCCAAGUUUCUGUCUUUAGGACCCCCAAGGAACAAGAUUCACCUGUUUCAUCAAUAAUGAAUGAUUAUUACUAUUAAUGUACUGUUCUGUUUUUAGGAAAGAGACAGUUAUGUGGAACUAUGGCAAAAUGCCUGCAGUGAACUUGAAAAGCUUCAAGAAAGUGAACGGGUAUGAGAUACUGCAGCUACCCUUGGAGCCAUAAAGCAAUGAUCACCUCCUUAUGUCUCCUCGGGAUAUAAGUUCUUUUAAGAUGCAUAGAUCUCUUGAGAAAAAAGGAAAUGAUGUCCAUUUUUAAUAAUAGUGUAUAAUACAUGUACAUGCAAGAUUUGUUAACAUAAUUUUCAAGCUUUUUUUAAACCGUUUAAAAAAGAACUUGUGGGUCAAGGGUACAGAGAGUUUGCUUAUACCCAACACCCCUGUGGAAUAACUAUCCUUAUACCCCUUGUGACGUAAUCUCUUUACGUGGAAAAUAAAUUUAUUGCACCCCUGUGCGGGACAAAGAAAUCAUCUGACGCGGCGUAACAAGUGAGAGUGAACCCUUCUAAUGGCUUGGGCCAUUAAACUCUAGGGAAAUUGUUGUCUGCCCAUGGCCACUUUCCAAGUAUAGUCACUUUUCUCUAGCUAUAAACUUCAUCCAGGUAUGUAUAUGUAGGUGCAAUAAAAGGCAAAACUCAAAAAGUGAAGGAAUCUAUCCGGUGGCAUUCAGAUUGGCGCUAAGGGUGGAUUUCCACUGUCGCAUAAUUUUUACUUGCGUACGCACAUAAAUUUUACGCACGUAAACAAAAUAGAGGCAACGUAUGGAAGGUUGCGCUUAAACGAAAAAGUUGAUUGAGCGCACGUAACAAUUACGCGACAGUGGCAAUCCACCCUUAGGAAAUCAUAAGAUCUUUUUCUAUGCAGUAACUGUUUAUACGCCUGGCUGUGGGAUUGUACACAAAACAAGAUUUCUUAAUAUGAAUUCUAUUUUUUUUCAUUUCUAGGAGAAAGAUGCAGAACUUAGGACCAGAUCAAGGACCAUGACAGGCCUACAGGUAUCUCCCAGUUGAUCUACAUUCAUUGUUAUCAUGGCACCUUGUGAGGGAAUUUUUCCUCAAUAAAUCGAUGACAGUUUCAAAAUUAAUAUUCAUAUUGAAAGACUGAAAAGAAGAAUAAACUAAUUAGCACCAUUCGAAAGUUGUUGGGGAGGCAGCUUGACUGAGUGGUCAGCGCGUCGGACUCGCAAUCCUGGGGGCUCGGGUUCGAGCCCUGCUGUGGUGACUUGCUGGAUUUGUUCUCGGUCGUCCCAAGUUCAGAUCCUUGGCCACGGUUGCAAAUAGCCAACUGGUUGCCUCCUGCCAGUUGCCUCAUGUUAUGUUGUAUUCGAGUUAUUUGUUUCUAAGUAUUUGAGUGGAGUGCCUGUAAACUAGCUGGAUAAGCUAACUGCACUCUUCACUAUAAACAAGCCUUUGUGUUUCAUUUAGCACUGGCGAAUACUGACAAAACAACAGAUCUCACAGUCACGGGGAAGCUUUUCCUUUAAAGGACACACUGUGUUAAGGAAUGUGAGCGUGUAUACGAUUAAAGUAGUACAUUACUCAUACAGUGCUGCAGAGUAGCUUUUCAGUGAAUAGUCCCGUGUAAGGAUUUCAUCCACAGACACCCAGCAACAGUUAUAAUUUUGUAAAAGGUACAGUAGUGAAAUACUGCUCGGUAAAUUUCAUGUGAUUGUAGAAAAAAGAGAGAAUCUGGGACGAGUAAACUUUCGCAAAGAUUUGCAUCCCCAGUAACUAUCCCAGAAACAAUUUUGGGUCGGCUCCAGUACCCUUCUCGUUUCUGAAGUGGAGCUGUCACAGUGAUAUGGGUAUCCCCGCAUUUUGGGCAUCCCCAUUUCCAAAACCCUAGUGAUAUGGCAUCCUCUAUAACCCUAACCCUAACUCAAGUCGUUAAGGUAAGAUGAGAAGGGGAUGCCCAUAUCACUAGGGUUUUGAGAAUGAGUAUUCCCAAAAGGCAGGGAUGACCAUAUCACUGUAACAGCGCCUGAAUUCAUACCAGGGAUUUAGUGCUCAGGCUCUAAAGUUAUAACCACUUUCAAUGGACAGCAUCAACAGUGACAGAGAAAAGAAGCCCUCAGUAAUUGCCUUCUGAAUGGUCACAAUACUCUUUGGAAAGUUAAAAUCACCCAGUACAGCAUAAUAAACAGUGCGAUGGCAGAAAGUGGAAUGGCCAUACUGAAAAGUUGGAGCCACAUGUAGGUCGCACAGCAUAUGCAACAACAAAGAAAAAUGUAUCUUUUUUAUUCAGAUGUGAUCCCAUAAUUUAAGGCAAUUCAGCUACUCUAUUCCAUUCUCUCUGUGUGUUCAUAUGGCUGUCUUUUUUUUGCAGUUAGAAAACCCUAGCCCUGAUAUAAAACUUGUUUCGUUAACGACUUUGCUUUCUUUUGACAGAAUGAUCUUCAAAAAGCGAGGCAAUUUGCUGGAGAACUGCAAACAGUCAAUAGGAAGUUGAGAAUGGUAAGAAAAGGCGUAGCCCUAAUAUCGUGAGACAGAGAAAUCAACUCCUAAAUGCAUUGUCUCCCUCCCACUGGCUCAUAGGUGAAGUUUUCGUAAAAAAAAUUCCUUCUGAAGAGGCUGCUGCGUUAUCUUCUCCGAAAUCUCAGUCGUGUGUUGAGUUGUGCCGUGGUACACAACAACUUCGGCAUCAGAUUAAGUUUCUGGGAAACUGCCCACCUACCCGUCCCCUAAGCCAUCAUUUUGCCCGAAGUGAGAAGUAAGUGUUAAUGUUGGCUUUGGGGAGGGGUAGGUGGGCAGUUUGCCAGAAAUCUCGCUUCACUCUUCGUUUACGUUUUCAUCCAAAAAGAAGGAACUUAUUGACUUUUUUGUUAAAACACACCAUUUUUGGUGCGUCAAAAAGACUUGGUGUUAUCAGAUGUGUUGUUAGAGGGAAAUGGCCCUGACGUUAAAGAGAUCUUUCUAAGGUGAAGUUUCGAGUCUUAGCCAUGCCUUUCGUCAAAGGAUUAGCCCUACGGCUUUUAAAUCCCUCUACGGUUGCUAAUAUGCAAUACGACUGAUUAAACCAAUUAUUGGUUUUCUCUUUUCAGCCGAAGGAGCCACAAACUUUCUUUCAAAAUAGCCUCUUUGUUUAAUAUUGUUAGGGCAAUUAUUCGCAAAAUUUCUUCUUAACUGAGUUGUGCUCUCAGUGCUACAUAAGUUUGUAUAACGAAAUGUCGUGUUGAUAAAUUUAUUAUAACUUUAUCGUUCAUGGUGUAGUGGCGUUGAUUAUUAUAUUUCCAACGUAUAGUAUUUUCUCCUCGUGAAGUCUUAGACUGGGGGAUAUAUAUUUUCUGUUUUCCCCCAUUCAAGAAAACACCAACCUCGACCAUUUUUUUAAUUGAAACUUUAAUAUUAAUGAAUGCGUGCAGACAUAACAGUUUCACUACAAUAAAGUAUUUUAUUCGUAUUGAAUAGAAUGUAACGCCACAAACUAAGAUUAUCUUCUGUUUUAAGGAGCACGAAAAAUUUCUCACAACCGCUCAUACACAAGAUCAAGAAAUUGAUGAUGUACGUAAUGAUUUAAGGUGCGUAAAGUUUAGUUGUAAUUUCCUGUCAUUGUAAACUAAUAAUACAUUUAUUUAGUUCUAAACUGGCUGUAGUAAAUGAGUAGUCUAAGACUUGAUAAAGCAGGAACUGCGAGUUCGUUCAAAGACUUAAAAUCCUGGUAAAGCGUAAUGUGGAUAAAUGAAGAACUGAGCUGAUUUUUUAAAUUCGAUUUUGAGAGCUACAAUUUUUUUUGAUCACUGAUGUCAUUUGACAGGGUAAGAAAUCGAUAUUUGCGUUAAAAAGUGCGAAAUUUUACUUCUGUUAGGAAAUGCAAGACAGAGUUGAAAAGCACCAAAUCUCAGAACGAAGAACUUCGUAGAACGUUGGAGUUAAUGGAAGGAAGAAUUAGAGCAAGGGUGAGUGAUCUCUCAUUGUCUUUCUCGAUCGUGCAAAUUGUUUACCAUAUAUUUGUUACGUAAUGUUGGUCUACUUUAGAUUCUCCUUCUCAAAGCAGCAAUCAAGUUAACCGUAUUGACUAUAUUCUUUCGCAGUCGACGCGAUUCUGUCUCUUGCCAGCACACGGUGCGGGUCAAACGAGCGACAUGACUUAUUGUCAAAAACCACGUGACAUUAGGCCAUAGUGAUACGACAUCAAGGGACUUGGUCCAAUGUGAACAAACCUGGCGGACCAAGAUUUCGCUAGAGACGGGACAAAAUCGCAUCACCCUUGAAGGCACCCUUCCCCAACCAAAACAAAAACAAGAAAAGAAAAAUAGAGAGAGGAAGCACAAGUAGGCGCAAUAUUUCUUUAUCACGCUUAUUAUAACUCUUAGGGUAAGACAAGCGAUCUAAGCGUUUUCUUUUUAAUCCUGAUUUGAAACGGUUAGGUCGCAAACAAUGUACGGGGCAAGGCUAUGACACUACAUUAACAGUUAUUGGUUUUUCAGUCAUUCUCGGUCCGGUAGACGUGCCAAUGGUAUUCUUUUCAGUUCUAUUCUUAAUUUUACCACUUACGUUUAAAGCUUGAUACAUGAGCGUUGUGUUUGUAAUUCUACAUGAAAGAGACAACUCAGCAUGGAACUUUUGUGAGAUAGAAACACCAAGUCCGGAGGGAGGGGGAUUGUUUUUUCAAAGAUCUUCCUCUUUUCACACAGGACAGAGAAAGAGGAGAGGAAGCAAACAGAGAGCAACCAGUUGACACACGCGUGGAGGAGUUACAAACAGCUAUAAUUGAAAUGGAGUCCAGGUUCGUACACUCUUGAUGUUGCGGUUUAUUGUUAAGUUGUUCUCGAAAAAUUACGACAAAAGAGUUUCAAAAAGAGAUAUUUCAACGUUAUUAUCGGAGCUCUCUCGCGCAGCAGAGUACCAUGGGUAAGAAAAUUUGGUUAUCUAUGCAUUCAAGAAAUUUUGGUUCUGACAAAAUCGUCCGUACGUACCUACGUCUACCUCUUCAUGUUAGCGGAUGUGACUCACUAGCUAGGAAUCCAAGGCGUAUACUAUCUGUGUUUAACUUGGUAUUGGACAUCCAUCUUAUGACCAAUUGACAGCUGUCAAAAAAGUAUCUGCUGACCGGUGUCACAUGACUGUAUCCCGGGCUCAGGUAGACAACUCAAUGAGGUGACGUAUUUUUAAAGUUAUCCGCUGACCAGUUCCUGGUUUUCAGGUCCAAUUUUAAAAGGUGGAAUUCAGUUUGCUUCCUGCCUAUGGCAAAAGGUGGAUAACUUAAGAAAUAAAUUUCAUUAAAAAUCCCUCGAUUGCUUCGCUUUUGACCGUGGCUAAAUCUAUUUAUUAUGUGAGGAAUUUUUUGAAGCUGAGUAAGGAUGGAUUUCCACUGUCGCGUAAUGUUUACGUGCGAACGCAAGUAAAAUUUACGGGCGUAAAUAGCACAGAGGACGACUACGAGUACGAGAUUUAACUUAAAGUUUGUUCGCGUAAUCUCGAAGAAUAUUCAACCCGGAAAGCUUCAUUGUAUUAUUUUUCACCUGAAAAAGUAGUGCUGUUAUUUUUAUUGAAGAAGGUUUAGCCCUUUCCCGGUGGCAAAAUGAUAAACUUCUAAAAUUUGAUAACUUGUGUCUGCCACUACAAUAUUCUCGCUAAAACCUGUAUUAGAAUGACGGCGGCAACGAGAACGGAAAAAAAGCAAUAGCUUUAGACAAGCAAAACGACAACGUUGCACGUACAUCACGCUUUCUUGUACAUUUAUCUGCCGUCGUUGCAAGACUACGACGUGAAACUGCCUAAUUUCACGUUUUGUCAAGGACGGUAACAAAAGACAACAACUUUCUUUUUCUUUUCCUGAACUUGAUGAAGUCCUUUAGAAUUCAACUCCGAAAAAAUUUGCCAACAUUUGACGAAUUAAACGAGAUGGAAUAAGCGCGAUAAAGUUUGAGGCAGCGCGAAUUCACUUUUUAAGUGACAUUUUCGUAGCCGUCGCCGUCGUCGUUGCGUUAACUCCCUAAUGGCGUUGGGUCACGCCUGGGCACUACUCAAUGUAUUGAGAAAGUCUCGUACUCGUAGUCGUCCUCGUCUCAGAAUCUAAAGCUCUCUAAUGUAUGAAGGGCCGGGCGUAAACGUAAGAGUUGAGCCAGGUUCAACUUUUACUUUUAAUACGAGUGACCUACCCGUGAAAAUUACCUGACGGUGGAAAUCUAUCUUAUAGAGGAUUUCAAAUUUUUACCAAACGUGCGCGUGCAAUAAAAAUUACUUUUCUUUUACGUGUCCUAUACGUCAUAAUGACCAACUCAUUGAUAACAAUACAAGAACAAAAUUCAGUCGGUUACCAGAAGGCUAAAAGUUUGCAACGAAAGCUGUUUUAUUCUGGAUGGCAAUUGCCGCAAACACGUAAGCAUGUUGAACUCUGAAAACCAACAGGAAAAUUUUUUUAAGCACUAGUUUUCGUCGUCCCUGUGUUGUAGCCUGUGCCACAGACGAAACUAAGCUUUGCCAAACAGCGCCGAUUAAUCCUUUUUCUGGUCCCCACCUGUGUACCAAGAUUUGAGUACUCGCCAUGAUUGGCCUGUUAAAAAAGCCACUGUCGAAUUACCAGUUGACGACGGGAAAGCGCGCGGAAAGGACUAAACGUUCCCGUCGUGGCUAAAUCAGCCCAAUAGUGAACAGGACGGGAGAGCAAAGAAGACGGCAAACCUUGUGUGACAAGCGUGACAAAAAUUUUGUUUGAAAAAAAUUUGCUUUAAACUUCAUCUUCCUUUAAAAAGAUCUUUUUGUGAAAGACCAAAAAACAUUAGUAUUUAGUGAAGAUUACGACAAAACAUGCAAGUAAUAGCCCUGUCACGUUUGUCACACACAAGCGUUUUCCCGUCUCCCACUUUCUGCCGUCCUGUUGUGUACAUGUAAACUCACUAAUAAUGUACUUGUCGAGUUUUUGGUUGUUCGCUCAUAUGUAUCACUGGAUGAAUGUCUCGUUAUGUAGUAAUUGUUUGUUUUUUGUAGUUUAGUGGCUAACAUGAUAAAUCGCUCAGUAAGGGAAAAAAAAAAAAACAAAGAAAGUGACUAGUUUUAUAGGUUGAGUUUGACAGUAUGACAAAUAUAAAAUUCAUUUUAAAUUCGUUUUCGUAUUAACUUCCUUGAGUAGUUUAAAUGGAGCGAGGGUUCGCUAAAAAUAACUAAAGCCUAUAUGGAUAUUUUUAGUAGCCUGUUCCUCUGUUGACUGUUAGUCUUUAAUAACUUCAUGCUCUUGUUUGCAGACUUUCCGCGACGCUAAAAGAGGUCUCUAGGUUACGCUCUGAAAGAACAGAGCUGGAGGACCAAGUGGAGGUUUUGCAAAAGAAAAGGUAAAAAUCCGAUUAUUGUUGUUGUUGUUGUUUUGAAAGGUCUUAGUUAGACCAUGGUUCGAGGUAUCCAGUAGGCUAGUCGAUCUCUUCGUGCAGAUACAGCAAUUGUUCACUUAUUUCGUUCGAGAAAAGUUUUAUUCCAUUAGAAUUCUCGCGGAAUCGACCGUAACUCGUGUUAUGCAUUUCGCCUCUCGAUUGGCGUAAUAUUAAUGUUCCUUCGUGACCAAAACAUAAAUUUAAGACGGCAGUUCAUCGACUACUUUUUGAUAUUCUAUUGUCUGAGGAUGAUUAUUGGCCCACUUAUUUCAAACAGCUUUGAGGGGCCUGCGUUAUCUCAUUUCGUUUAAUAUAAAAUUAUAAGUUUUUUUCUUACUUCUUUUUCCUUCCAGCCAUCUGUUAACUAAAAUGUAUAUGAGUAAAUGUAAAUAAUUGCUGCGAGAGUAGCGAGCAGCAGACCUAUUUCACUCAGGUAGGUUUUGAAAUCUCGCCAGAUGUUAGUAGGACAUUGUACCUCGCUUUCGUGUGGUUCAAAAGCACUGCUGAUCAUUACCACGCUGGCUCCAACACAUUCUUUCUGUUCACGAGCCUUGGCAACCUUUGCGAGUUCUUUGGCCUGCUUUGUCCCUUCUGGUCUUUGAUUUUGUGGGUAGCCUGUGCAUGUUCCCAACCGCGAGAAAUAGAAACAAAAGGUUGUCGGUGCAAAAUUUUGACGUCACAAUACCAUCAUCCUCAGCGUUUUUUGUAUCAUUCCUCGUGUCAGCGAAAACGUUGUUUAUGCCAUCAAAUGCCGAACGAUAUUCAAGUGCAGAAUGAUAUUCAGACACAAGACCCAGGUGGACUGAAUGAGGACUUUUAUUUUAUUUGAACCUGUUUUUCUAUUAUCCAUGCUCUAAGUCAGCGCGCGCAUGUAACAUUACGUCAGUUUCUAAUUUUAUCUGAAGUUACAUUUCAUCCUAAUAAGCUGAUUUAGCAACAGAACGGGAACGUCAGUUGACGAUGGGAAAGCGCGCGGAAAGGACUAAGCGCUACUUCCGGUGCCCAAUUUGCCGCUCUGCGAUUGGUCAAGCCAGUUGUUUGAUUUGCGCGCGCCGUCGUCAACUGACGUUCCCGUUCUGUUGCUAAAUCAGCCUAUUGACCUCUUCAGUUCGACCCGAGCACAAACCCAAUAUUUUUUAUAGAGAAAAGAGACACACUAUCACUACACCAUAUAUUCGCAGCACCUCACCAUCCAUUUGGAACCGCUAUUAUAAUUUAUAUUGACAUUUUAUCAGUGCCUGACCUGCCUCGAUUAUUGUUCCUGCUACUUUGCGGGUCAGCACUAUCUUAUGUAUUUAUGUGAAGAAAAUAAAGGUUGUUGUUUUUAGCGUAAGUCCAAAACUGUAACCUAGCAACAUGCGGUUCAUGCCCAAUAAGAACCCGGCGCCGAACGGUUUCCGUAAUCAUUGACUAAUAUCAGUAUACAUUUAUAUAUAUAUAUAUAUAUAUAUCGUACAUUUUCUUUUAACUGCAGAAAGUACUAACUGACACCAUGUUUUAGCUUGAAUAUUAUGCACUAUGGAAAACCUUUACUUAAUUUUUGCAUUCUGUAGGCUUCCAGAUAACAAGUCCAACGCUAUAACCGCUCAGCCACGCUGCCUCCUCUUAAUUAUUAUGCAGUGUAAAUAAAGCUUUAGGACCCGUUUAUAUAGAGAAAAGUUACCCCGGGAAAGAGGGACAUUCUCCCAUCCGAGUCAACUUAGCGAAUGUUUAUAUGACAAAAAAAAAGACCCCUUUGCUUGAGCCAACAGCUGACAACAGUGCUCGCGCAUGCUCAGAUUGUCUCGCCUUGACCGAGUUGACCCGGCUGGGUGAAUCAAAGUAUUUAUAUGGAGAAAAGUUGGCCCGGCUAGGAGGGUGACCCUACCACCGAAAAAGGGUGAAUCAAGCUUUUUGUUUCUCAUGUAAACAGGUCGCCAAGUUUUGUAGGAAACGUAGGAAGAGUUGGCUCGCCCAGUGUAGUGACCUUCCUUCCCUAAACAAGUUUUCUCCAUAUAAACGAGGCCUUACCGUACUAUAACCAGUGGUCCCAAGAGCAAUUUUUCCUGUUGUUUGACAAGACAUUGAAUGUGUUUUGUGAGUCGCACGUAGACGAGUUUUUAACUUUUGAUGGUUAGAAAACUCGUGUACGUGACCCUCACAUACGCAAUAUGACCUGCGGAAAAAUAUUCACUAGAGGAGCAGUAUUGUUUCAACGCAUUUUAUUACAGCAGAGACCACCACUGUAUUAUUACAUGGAAUGUCCUUUCAAGACAAUUGUUACGCUUUCGCAUUCUUGUAAUUUACUCCUCGGUUAAAAUCAUCGUUAUUAUUGCUGGCUAGCAGUAGCGGGCAGGGUACUAUUCACUUUUACGCCUGUGAAAUUCAGAAAGUUUGUCGGACGUAAGAUUGUAGGCAUGCGCUGUUGAACGGUUUAUGAUUAUCCGGGACAUUCUCCUGCUGUGUUUGAUACUGCCUAAAUUUGCAAAUGGAAGUCCUUUGGCGUCGUUCGGACUUAGUUGAAUUGCUCGCAUGGGCAGCAGCGAUCAAUUGUGCAGGUUCCCUUUCGGCGAAAUUUCCAGGUCCACAUUUUACCACGGUGUGCAAUACAUUAUCAUGUAUUCGUAAAUUUCUUUAUAACUGCACAUAGUUGAAAUUCGCUACUUUAGAAACUAGAAGGGAACUGAAGCCGAAACGUGUCUCGCAGUGUCUUGCAAUUGUAUCUGGGAUCUUUACUGGGGACGUGUCGGUCAGCUAUUGGCCAGUUUUUCCCCUGUCCCUUGUUACAGUCCAAAAGUCUUUGAAAAAGUUAACUAAGUCCGUUUUUCUUCUUGUUUCUAAAGUAGCGAAUUAUUAUGCACUUAAAUAAAAAGCUUUUCUUCUGUGUAAUCGGUGGACAUGAAAAUUAUAAGCAAUAUUUUAUGCUAUUUGACAACGGAGUACAUGUGCCUUGUGAGUCGCACCUAGAUUAAUUGAAUUUUUAAAUUUAGUGGUUAAAAAAUUCAUCUAUGUUGCGCUCACAUGCACAUAGCCCGGAGAAAAAUGUUCAGGAAAUAAAGCUUUUCCGUGCAUUUUAGUGUAGGAGGGACCUCCACUGCACUGUUACGUUGCAAAACUUAUAUUAUGCUAUCGUUUUCUUAUCUUUUCUUUUUUUCUGUGUUAUAUAUCCACCCUACAAUCGCAAAAGAGUGAACCAAACUUAUUAGGGCCAUUUAUACGAGGAAAACUAAGACGCGUCUUAUUUUAGACGAAAUGUUCCGUUUAUACGGAAAGUUCGCGUCUUAUGUAAGACGCGUCUUAUUUUUCCUCGUAUAAAUGGCCCUAUUGUUUCUCAAGUAAACGGGUCGCCAAGUUUGACUAGGAAACGGAGGAAAAGUUCACUCACCCAGGACACCCAGAGUAGCUCGGGUAGUCCAGUGACCCUUCUACUCGGGACAAGUUUUCUCCAUAUAAACGAGACCUUACCAAUACAACCAGUUGUCCUAAAGGCAAUUUUUCAUGUUGUUUGAAAAGACAUUGAAUGUGUUUUGUGAGUCGCACGUGGACGAGUUUUCAACUUUUGAUGGUUAAAAAACUCGUCGACGUGACGCUCACAUUACGCAAUAUGACCGCGGAAAAAUAUUUUCACAAGUGGAACAGUAUUAUUUCAGCGCAUUUUAUUGAAGCAGAGACCACCACCGUAAUAUUACAUUGAAGCUCAUUUCAAGACAGUUAUUACGCUUUGGCAUUCUUAUUAGUUACUCCUCAGCUAAAAUCAUCGUUAUUAUUGCUGGCGAGCAGUAGCGAGCGGGGUACUAUUUACUCCUGUACCUGUGAAAUUCAGAUAAUAAGUUUGUCGGGCGUAAGAUUGUAGGCAUGCGCUGUUGGACGAUUUAUCAUAAUCCGGGACGUUUCCUGGGCACUGUGUUUGAUACCAUCUAAAUUUGCAAAUGGAAGUCUUUUGGCGUCGUUCAGACUUAGUUGAAUUGCUCCCGUGGGCAGCAGCGAUCAAUUGUGCAGGUUGCUUUUCAGCGAAAUUUCCAGGUUUAUAUUUUACCACAGCGGGCAAUGCAUUAUCAUGUAUUUGUAAAUUCCUUUGUAGCUGUACACAGUUUAAUAUUGAGUCCUUGUUUCAGUCGAAUUCGCCAGUUUAGAAACGAGAAGGCAACUGGAGCCGAAAUGUGUCAUUGUCCCGGAAGUCUUUGCGAAAGUUUAACCCGGACUGACUUAAAACUCAGUCCGGUUUGCCUCUUGUUCCUCAAGUGGCGAAUUAUUAUGCACUUUAAAUUAUUAUAGCUUUUCUUAAUUAAGUAUGGGACAUAUAACAGGUGGACAUGAAAAUUGUAAGCGAUAGUUUGUGUUAUCUGACAAUGAAGUACAUGUGCUCUGUGAGUCGCACCUAGAUGAAUUUUUAACUUUUAAUAGUUAAAAAAUUCAUCUAUGUGACGCUCACAUGCACAUAACUUGGAAGAAAAUAUUCAGAAAAUAAAGCUUUAUUAAUUCAGCGCAGUUUAGUGUAGGAGACACCUCCACUGUACUGUUACGUUUCAAAACUUAUAUUAUGCUAUCGUUUUCUUAUCUUUUCUUUCUUUUAUGUUACAUAAUUAUUUAUCUUUGCUGGUCGUACGUCAACCUUUCAAACGUCAACCUCGUAUGUAAGAUCGUAAGCAUGCGCAGUUGGUUGGUUCAUGAUAAUCCGGGACACUUUCUUGCGAUAUUAAGCCCUUUCGCGUCGUCCACAGUUUGUUCGAUUUUUCAUGUUCCUUGCCAGCGAACAGCUUUGCAUGAUGCAUGAUUCUGUUGUGGAGCAAUUUUCGCUUUCUCCUGGGCAGACGAAGAAUAUUUUAACUCCAUGGCCCACAUGUUUCAAACGUUUUGCCUCAUUGGUCGAAAAACUUAUUUUGUGAUGAAUGAUUUUAAUUAGCGGGUAUAAUUUUUUAGGUUUAACUUAAGUGGCAGAACUUUCUCUGCUCUUAAAUACCUUCACUGUAGUAUUAUUGCACUCUCAUUUUCGUUAAUCCUAUUUUCGGUACAACGUCGUUUUGUAGUUUUACUAUCUGUAACGUCUUCAAGGGCCAACGCCGGUCCUCACGUUGACAUUGAAACUCAGGUUAGGUUUAUACGACACCGACCGUCUGAAAGAUUUCACCGGACACUGCGUCCACAUGGAACCGUUCAAUAGAGCGAUAUUCGUAUGACCUUGAAAAAUGGUUUCGGUAAGUGUUCGGGAUUUGUUUUAUCAGCCAAUGGAUGAAAAGAUCAAAACAUGGACUCUUCGUUUUCCCGCCAAAGAAAAUCCUAAUAUGGAGAAGUUAUUGUUCGAUUGGCCAAUCGUGUUGCAGUAUGUCGUCAAAGCGAAGUAUCGAUUGAUUUCUAGAAAGUUCUCGGGCGUGAAGUUUUUACAGCCGAGAGUUCGCUUAACCAACCAAAAGCCACGCGCGUUUGUAUCCGUUUGAUAAACCAAUCAAAUCGUUCUACGGAGCGUUUUCACAUGACGUCACGGCGGUCAUAUUGAUGUUCCAAAACAAUGAAACGGCGGCCAUGUUGGUGUUCCAAACCAAUCCUGUGGAGUUGAACUCUUUUCUUAUGUAGACGCUUUCUUUUGUUCCAAUAAAUUUGCACAGAUGCUGGCCACGUGAGUGAAAACGAUCUAUUUCCGUUCGUUUCAUGUUUCUGUUUUGCUCGCGCGUUUUCAUUUCAAGUUCAUAAGAAAAUCGCUCUAUUUUCGCCCCAGGCGUCCACUUUUUCGCACGAUUAACACCUUAAUGCACGAAUUUUCAACGGUCGAAAUUUCGUCCGGCGCCGUGUGAACGUAACAUCCUAGCAUACAUUUUUUUUUUCGUUCAGUAUUCCAGCUAAAUUCUUAUGCUGAGUAUAAGUAAAGCUAUAGAAUUUCAUCUCAUCCACAGACUCAAAAAGUUAUAACCGCAUUACAAAACUCAGUUCAUCACUCUUGGAGUCAGAGGAUUAAACUUCUAAAGCCGUUUUAUUCUCAUUAUUAAAAUUCUUCUUCUUCUUCUUUUUAUUAUUUCUUAUUUUUCCUUGUAUUUAGUUCUGAGCUGCAGCAACGUGAAUUGGAGGCCAUUUCCCACGUGAGAGACAGUGUUCAGAUGGUUGAAAAUGCGAUACUGGAAAGAGAUCAGGUAAUGGAACGGAGACUUGCUCUUUCAACGUAAAUUGUUCACCAAGUACCAUGUGAAGGUACUACUCAAGAGGUUCAUCACAUCAGCACGUCUGUAAAGUGGAUUCCAAGGAAUUCGCGUCACUUUUUAAUGUUUUCUUUUUUUUUUUUUAUUUUUUUUCGACGAAAUUUACUCAUUUUCUGUCGUUUACGGCGCGCAGUUUGCCAUUUAUAAGUUCUAUAAAUAGAGUAUAAUGGGACAGAGAAGGAACGUUAGGGCGUUGGCCGGGAUAUGUAGAUUUCUCUUGAGUUAUUUGUAGAGACUGUAAGUAAACGGAAGCCUAAUUCCUGAGACGUCCGCAUAUUUUGAUCAAGGUGUGGUUCCAGGUUGAGUUAAGCGGGCUGGGCGAGCUAUUACCAACUUGUCUUGGACUACCGAAUACUACAUUUUGCUCCCUUAUACACUGGAUGAGGAAUUCUUAGUCGUGUUAUAUACUUCAUUUAGCUUUAAGUUAUGUUUUAUUUUUAUAAUAGCUCACUUCGGAAAAGAGUGAUAGCCUGAGACCCAAACUAGGCGCGCGCGCACUUAUUUUGGGAGACACAAAUGUAAACAAACAUGGCGGAAAGCGAAGUGGAAUGUUUCAGCGGGGCUAAAACAGCUCAAAAUAGCAAAACGUAAGGUGAAAGUGAGAGAAUAAAACAUGAAAAUGUGAAGCUGAAGGAAGAAGAUGUGCCUGGAGCAAUUUUACCUCGAGAAAAACCAAUAAAAUGCACCGUGAAACUACUUCAGAGAUGGCUUCUUAGCCGUGGUGCCAAAACAACCGGAAAGAAAACGCAGCUUGUACAAAGGUAAGGACGCGUGGACCGGGAGUUCCUGAAAAUAUUUGUGCACAAACAACACAACAACUUGCACAUCUCAUCAUAAUUCAAGGUGGCUGCUCUACUUGUGUCCCCAAACAAUCCCAUAAAUGAGCGCGCGCUUAGUUUGGGUCCCAGUUUAUCAUUCUUUUCCGAAGUGAGCUAUUAAUUGUUGUUCUGUACCAAUGUCCGAAAAAUUGGAAUUCUCUCCCCGCACCAGUUACGUGUUCAUCUCGCUUUCCUUCCUUUAUAGGAAAAAGAUGUUAGAUUUUAUGAAUUGGCCAAGCCGCACACGCCCAGCACUUAUGUUAUUUGUAAAUAUAUUUGCAUUCGAGUUGGCCUCUCUAAUAAUCCUGGUGUGGUUUCUUGAGAUCUCCUAGCCAAAGAAAAUGUAGCUUUAAACCUGGUUCACGGUAUCGAAACAUGGCAAAGUAAUGAGGCGGUGUGUUUUUGUUUUCUCAUAGGCUCUUGUUCGCGAGCAACAGAAAGUUCAGGAAGUCAACAGAUUACAAGAGGCUAUCAAUAAAAUCUUGAAAGAGGCAGGCAAAAGAACAAGAGAAGAGGUACGAGGAAUGUGCUAUAAAAUGUUCAUGCUUAUUUGCUUAGUUUUUGGGGGGGUGUGGGCGGUUAAGACCACAGUUUAAAAGUUCUUAGCUAGCUAAAAAUUUCUGUUCAUUCCAUGUUUUGGGUAUUCAAGUACGCGUGAAUGAUGGCUAAAGAUUAAUUUCAGAUAGCUUUCUAGACCGUGGCCGCUUGUCCCUAAGGUGGGCCUAUGUUCUUCUCACAUUAAUGGCAAAAAAUAUAUAUACAAAAUAAAAGUGGACAUAGACUAGGAAAUAAGUUUUCGAGUAGUUUGGAGGGAACCAAAAGAAAGAUAGAAUCCCAAAAUCAGAAUUCUGUUGCCAAAGCGCUCAACUUCGUGAUCUGUUUACUUUUAGCCUUGUUUUAGAGGUCUUAUUUUUCGCUAGAUUUGACUUGUUCGCGUUUGGAAUCCUUGUUAGGUGGACGCUGUUCGUAAUCAGUGCAAUAAAAAUAUCCAGAAACUCAUGGAAGAGAUGCAUUUCCUGGAAAUGGUAAGGCAUUUAUGCGAUACAUAAUUUCUGCGAUAUCUCGAUAAAGAAGGAGCGACACGAUACAUAUCUCGAUACAGAUGCAGCGAUUCGAUACAUAUCUCGAUUUAUUGUUUAUACAAAAUAUUUGGUUGUAGUUUUCACAAAGGAUCUUAUGAAAAUUUCGUUCAUAAAGACAAAUCGCCUUCCACAUCUUCUAAUGAAAAUACGGCCACUCCUAACCUGAGAUCAGGCUCUAUUUUCGUUUCGCUUUGAAAAUUACAUUCCAGCAGGCAAGACGAAACGAACAAUUUCAGCGGUAGCCGUUAGAGAGAAAGUAUGAGAACCGCUAAAAUUGGGCCUGAUCUCAGGUUAGGCCACUCCAUGCCAUCGAACUUCCGACUGGAUCCAUUAGGGUAGCUAACAGUUUCGGAUGCGACGAAAAUGCCGUAUAAAACGUUUGAGACGACCAUUUUCCCUGAAAAAGUGAUAUGCCAUGACAUCCGAGAAGAUAAAUACUUUUAAGGGGGACCAAACGAGCCUCUAAUGGUUCUCUAAAGAGUAGAGAAAACCAUUUGAGACACUUGCAAACUAUUGGAAACAUUCAGUCAUUGGUGGCCUCUGGGAAGGUACUGUGGCCAAAGAAUUACGCAUUCAAAACAGUUUGACGGAACACUUUGUUCAUACUGGACCUUUCAUUAUUUUUGCUCUGUUCACACGGAACUUUGAAUGGGAAGGCAUCUUAAUUUUCGUACGUUUAAGGUGGUUCCGUGUGAACGCAACACCUUAAACGCAUGAAAUUUCAAACAGUCGAAAAUUUGUCCUGUGCUGUGUCAACGUCAAACUGGCUGUUAUACGGCUAAUAGACUUCAGCGUUAGGUGAUCAUUAACGGCUUUACACUAAGGAUAAAGGUGCAUUGUUGUAGCUUUCUUGUGGCCACAAAGC